GAGCUUACAUGUUCUAUUAUUGAUAAAAUAUUAUAUUUUAUGUAGUUUCAUAAAUAACAUAGUAUCUUGUAUUUUCUGCGUACUGUUAAUACUAACACAAUAUCUAGUGAAAUAUCAGACAUGAAAAGUAAAGCAGCAAUAAAUGAACCUAACGCUGUACAUUGGACAGAAGAUUCAAUAAAAUCUAUUAGACUAUACAAGUAUAUACUACAAAUAAUUUGUUCAUGGCCCUUAGAACAGAGAAAUAUUUAUUGGAAAAUCCGUAUUUCAUCAUUAUUUGUUUAUUUGAUGAUCUCGGGUAUAUUUAUUAUUCAAGAAUUAUUAGAUCAUUGUGGUACAAAUUAUGAAAUAGCUUCACUAUUUGGAAUGAUAUUCGGUACAAUAUCAGCAAUUACUAAAAUAUCACUUUUAAAUAUCUAUCACAAAAAUAUAUCAUUUAUUGUUAAAAAUGUGAUUAACGAUUGGCGCAUUAUUAAUGACGAUAAUUGUAAAACUAUAAUGCGUCAAUAUUCGUCUCUAAAUAGAGCACUAUUCUAUGGUAUAUUAACACCGUUGUUGCUAUACACAUUAAAAUUUACCAUAGACAGGAUUCCGCACACUAUUUUGACUAAUGAUAAUACGACUGUUUAUGUACGCACAACUCCAAUCAGUUCUGAAUGCUGGAAUUUAGCUGAUAUACCAACUGUUUUUUACAUAAUUCGAUUUGCAUGUCGAACUUUUGAAUUUGUUAUUUAUAAUAUCGUAAGUUGUGGAAUUGAUUUGUAUUUUCUCGUGCUGGCGAAGCAUAUUUGCGGUCAAAUGGAAAUAUCGAAUAUGAAUAUUCAAAACUUUUUGGUAGCCAAUGAUGGUAGAUUUGAACGUGACAAAUUUUAUAAAUUAAUUGAUCGACAAAAGUAUAUGUUGGGACUAAUGGAUAAAUUACGCGAGUCGUUUAAUUACAUAACUCUAGCAGUAUUAUUGAUAAGUGGAAUUCAUUUAAAUAUCAUGAUUAUCAUGAUUUUUGUAGCACUGAAAGACAACAAUAUGAAUGCGGUUUUUGAAGAUGCUACUGGAACAAUAUUAUAUUUUUCAGCUCAAAUAUUUAUAUACUGUUACGCUGGCGAUGAACUAUCAACGAAAGUUAAAAAUUCACGUUUAGCUGUGUACAGCUGUAGUUGGUACAAUUUUUCAAUUAAUACUCGUAAGGAUAUUAUUUAUAUUAUGCUAAGAGUUAAUAAGGAAUAUCAUUUAACGGCGGGAAAAUUUUAUUAUAUGAAUUUACUCAACUUUACAAACAUUGUUAAAACAAUGGUGUCAUUUUUUUCAGUCAUGAGAUUAGUGAUUUUUGAAUAAAUAUUAUU